UAAAAAUAGGAAAGAGGAAGCUACGUCGUCUGAGCAUAUAACUAUGUGCGGCAACACCACCAACAUCACCAACAUCACCACUGCUGGUUGCAGAGUGCACACCCUCGAGGGUUUGGCUUACAGUCCUGUGUUUCUUCUGGGCCUCCUCAUCAACGCUGCUGCUCUUCGCGCCUUCAUUGCCAAACGAGACUCCUGGACAGACACCCACGUCUACAUGCUCAACCUGGCUAUAGCUGACUGUACCCUCGUCCUCUUCCUCCCCUUUAGGAUCUACGACGCCUUCUUCUGCAUGCCCAAGACUCACCUGUGCACUUUCCUCAUGUUCAUACAUUUCGUCAACAUGUACGCCAGCAUCCUGACCACAGCGGCCAUCAGUGUCCAUCGCUACUUGGUGAUAAGGUUCCCACUGCAGGCCAGAUCAUGGAGGAAGAAGAAAGAGAUAGCUUGUGCUACAUGUUUGGUCAUUUGGGGACUUCUGGUGACAACGAGUGUAAUAUACCGAGACGAGAACCACCCGAACAAACUCUGGACCUGCUAUGAACGAUGCAAAGAUCUCCCACUGAAACUACAGUUUAUUCUCCUCCUGGUAUUUCUGGGCUUCCUCACUCCGCUGCUGACCGUUGUGUUCUGUUCCAGUCAGAUCAUCUGGAUUCUGUUAAAGGAGGAUAACAAGCCAGAGGAAAAGAAAAGCACCGUCGGCAUAGUAACAGCAAACAUGAUUGUGUUCAUCGUCUGCUACACGCCAAUCCAUGUUGGCUUUCUCGUCAACUUCUUCUACAUUGUGCCUGAAGACUGGCAGUCUUUAUACUUACCUGCACAUGCUUAUUUACUUACUGCCGAAUGGAUCGCUUCCACAAACUGCUGUUUUGAUGUCAUCAGCUAUUAUUUUUUAUUGAGACGGUUUUAUUCAUAAGUCAGU